AUGUCUAAUGGCGUAUCCGUCCGCGUACUCGCGGUCCAGCAGGCGUUAGAAACCGAGUUUUCACUGGUUGAGGCGUCCGGUAAUCCCUCGUCCGUGGGCAGCUGUGUCGCCAGGGUGUGGUUGCCACCGAAGAAUGAGGCAACCUGGCUGCUAAAGCGCUACGCUGAAGAUGUAACCUAUCUACACCACAUCCUUCAUCUCCCAUCGGUGCGCCAGCAGAUGGAGGAUCUGUACAAACAACUAUCCCUGGGGUUACGGAUAGAGCCCUGCCAUGUCGCAUUGAUUCUUAGUAUUUUUGCCAGCACGGCCUACACGCUCACCCCUCUUACCGGCGGGGACGCGGUUUUUACCAACGAGCAAACAGCCGUCAAGUGUGCCUUCCUGUGGAGUAAGAUGGCGUUGGAUGUGCUGGAGCACUCCAGCCGCAGCACCCCCGGCUCAAUCGAAGAUAUUCAGGCGACAAUCAUUCUUUCCUUUGUCAUUUUCAACUUCGAGGGCUUCACCAUGCGCUUCCGCGCGCUCAGCGCCAGCGCCCUAACCAUGGCCCGCGAUUUGUCUCUCCAUCGCUUGGACGCGCGCCCGGACCGACUGCCCGGCCCCCACGCACCACUGGAUAGUGACAUAGGGCGGGAGAUCAAACGCAGGGUGUGGUGGCAUAUGGUCUCGACUGACUGGUGA